ACUCCAGUGGACGUCAAAUACUUAUAAAAUCCGACGCAUUCUUCUCUCUCUCUCGCGCUCGGCUCUUCCUCAGAAUGGAGCUCCCACUGUUUGCCUUGCUCAUACAGAUAUAGACACAGAACUUUUCGAUAUGUAUGGGUCGUCUAUGCAUACAGAAAGUACAUAAAUGGGCAGUAUAUAAACAGAUAAGAUGUAUGUCAAGAAACCCAAUUAUUAGAAAUCGGAGAGAGCGAGUUUUCUCUCUUAAUUCUUGUUUGAAAUCUGCUCUCUGGACCUUGGGUGGGUGAAGAAACGCCAACUAUUUUUUUUUUUCUGGGUCGAAAGAUUUAGGGUUUAUUUCCUCACCAGAGUGAUGGGUCAUCUUUGAUAUGUUAAAUUCAAGCUAAGAUACGUGUUUGUUUGCUUUGUCUAUGUGUAGAUUUUUGUAGGGUUCAGAUUUCUUUGUAGAAAAGAGAGUGUGAUUUAGAGUUGUAAUAAUCGGAGAUGGAGGGGAGGAGAAUAACGGCGAGUCCGCGGCCGUGCUCUGGGCGACGGGUGGUGGCCAAGAAACGGCCCCGAGGUGGUUUAGAUGGGUUUGUUAACAGCGUGAAGAAACUGCAGAGAAGGGAGAUAUCGUCAAAGCGAGACCGCUCUUUCAGCAUGAGUGAUUCCCAAGAGCGAUUCCGCAACAUUCGCCUUCAGGAGGAAUAUGAUACUCAUGAUCCCAAGGGAUAUUGUCCCUUGUCAUUGCCAUUUUUUAAGAAAAGGUCAAAAAUUAUUGAGAUUGUUGCUGCACAUGAUAUUGUUUUUGCUCUUGCUCAAUCUGGUAUUUGUGCAGCAUUUAGCAGAGAGACUAACGAGAGGAUAUGCUUUCUGAAUGUCGGUCCUGAUGAAGUCAUUCGGAGCUUAUUUUACAACAAAAAUAAUGAUUCGCUCAUCACAGUUUCAGUUUAUGCUUCGGAUAAUUUUAGUUCCUUGAAAUGCAGAACCACAAGAAUUGAAUACAUACGAAGGGCUCAACCUGAUGCUGGUUUUGCACUAUUUGAGUCAGAGUCGUUGAAGUGGCCCGGUUUUGUAGAAUUUGAUGAUGUAAACGGAAAGGUCCUUACGUACUCUGCACAAGAUAGCAUAUACAAGGUGUUUGACUUGAAAAACUAUACAAUGCUAUACUCGAUUUCAGAUAAAAAUGUUCAAGAGAUUAAGAUCAGUCCAGGUAUCAUGCUAUUGAUAUUUAUGAAGACUUAUGGUAGUGUUCCUUUGAAGAUCCUGUCAAUUGAGGAUGGGACAGUUCUUAAAUCUUUCAGCCAUCUCCUUCAUAGAAAUAAGAAGGUCGACUUCAUUGAACAAUUCAACGAAAAGCUUCUUGUCAAGCAAGAGAAUGAGAAUCUGCAGAUUCUUGAUGUCCGGACUUCCGAGUUGACUGAAGUUAGCAGGACGGAAUUCAUGACCCCAUCUGCAUUUAUAUUUUUAUAUGAGAACCAGUUAUUCUUGACCUUCAGAAAUCGAACAGUCGCUGUCUGGAACUUCAGAGGGGAGCUGGUAACCUCAUUCGAGGAUCACCUUUUAUGGCAUCAUGAUUGCAAUACGAACAAUAUCUACAUUACGAGCGAUCAGGACCUCAUCAUCUCUUAUUGUAAAGCCGAAUCUGAUGAACCGUUGUCUGAUGGAAAUGUGGGUUCCAUCAAUAUCAGCAAUAUCUUGACUGGGAAGUGCCUCGCAAAGAUUAAUGGGUGCAACACUCUUCCCGAGGGUGAAUGCAGCUGCAGCGCGAGUUGUGGUGGCCGAAACUGUAACUCAAAGAAGCGCAUCAAAGCGUCUAGGAUCAGGAGCACCGUUGCGGAAGCCUUGGAAGACAUCACAGCUCUCUUCUACGAUGAAGAACGCAAUGAGAUCUAUACAGGAAAUCGGCUCGGCCUCGUCCAUGUCUGGUCCAACUAAAGUUGGCUCAUUACCUUUCUCUCCACAUCUCAUGAAACUGUACCGUUAUGUUAUAUAUACUCGGGAAUUGGAUUUUUUAGUUUUAUUGCCUUAGAAUUUCUAGGAAUCUUGAUUGGGUUUUAUCCCAUGUUUUGGUUGUGGUGGUCCUAACUCGGACAUUAAGAUGAUGUUGUGUGUAGAUGGGGGCUCCAUAACUUACAAUUCUCAAGUGAAGUUGUAAUACUAGUUGUGAAUGCUCUGUAAAGUUGAUGUCUGUCGCUGGAACAUAGUUUGCUCAUUCUCUUUGCUUUUUGCUCCUGUUGUCUA